GACACUCGUUCUUGUCGUAGGAGUCCGUCCUUGUGCGAUCAAGUCUCUAUCGAAAUCACUGCGUCUACCCUAAAAGGUGGAUCAUCUGGGUACUAGAGCUGUUCGCUCCCAUAACUCUGGUCCCCUUUCACCUCUCCUCCUCUCCACUGUCAAUCCUUCUGUCGAGUCGUCUUCUCCUUGUCUUUAUCCAUUGUCCCCAGCCCUUGCCUCUUGCUUCUUGCCUGGGCGAUUAGUACAAUAUCAGCAUUUCAUCCUACAUACCAGCGAACCUCCCUCCUCCAUCAAAGUUGUGCCUAUAUCACCCAAUAUUCCUUCCUGCCAUGGCGCUCGAAUCCAAUACUACCUCAUCCUCGUACCCUACUUUAUCAAACUCCCUCUCAUCGUUCCUGUCGACGUUACAAUGCAACGUAGACGAACCAUCCUUCUCCUCGUCAUCAAUUCCUCUGGAUCCAUAUCCACCCACAAAUUCGCAAACACCAGUGCAGGACUCCAUAGUGCAACGCGACACCACUGCAACGCAUACCCUCUCACAGUUAAACCUCAGUCUCGAUAACAGUCUGUGCAGUGCAGCGCUUCCAGGCUGCUUUCAAAUGCUGGAGAACGACAUUCAACAAAAUGAUCCAGUAGUUCUGCUCGCCCCCGAACAAAAAUAUGGCGUUCAGGGACCUUGCAAUGUGGGAGGUUGGGAAGCUGAGCAGCUCAGGUUACUUUUGGGCAUUGCUGACCAUGACAUCGAGGCACCCUGCCCAAUAGCGAGCAGGACUGUGAACAUCAUUACCAUUCAGACUGAGAAGGAAUCAGAUAUUCAACCAUUUUCAAUGACAGACAUAAAAAAACCAGAUGUCAAGGAGGCAUUUAUCCAUCCAGGGUUUUAUUCACUCUCCAGCUCUAGCACCAGUACCAGUUCGUCCUCAUUGUCAUCAUCAUCAUCAUCUUCUUCACCAAGUAUGACUCCGUUGAUGCUCGCUCGCAAGCGGCCAUUACAGGAAGAAGGGUCGUUUGAUACAAUCAACACGAGCAACAAGCGCACGGACAGCAAGCACAGCCUCCAGGCAUACGCGACAGAGCUCCGACGAUACUCACUCGACGGACAUCUCCCCACCAAGGCCACCACCUGGAUCUACGGCACCCUACCAAUGUCACCCUCCUCAACAGCUGGCUUCCCACCGGCCACAUGUGCCAGCUACACAGAGUUGCAGCACCAGGAUAUGCCACCGGGGCAGCCCUACAUGGCCACAUUCUCGUCCUCACCCCUCCUGUUGACGCUCGGGCAAGAAGUUCUGCCUUCGUUGCACAUGAAUCAAACUCAACUGACGCGAUUCCAGUCAUCGCUUGCAAAGACGGCUUCAACGCCAGGAACUCCUCCUCAGCAGCGUAAACGACGUACCUCAAAACACAAAACGGAUCAACUCUUCCCUGUGGUAUCGUCGUCAUCAUCCAAUUACCCGGGGAUCCAGGACGGUUCGCAGUACUAUACUGUGAAUGCAGUACCACCACCACUGCAGAAUCAUCAUCAUCAUCAGCCCUAUGUUCAUCAGCCGCCAUACACGCUUUCAGCAAAGCAGGCGAGAACACAUCAGUAUCAGCGACAACAGUCGCAUCCGUUCGGAUCACAUGGUGCAACCGCUGCUACUGGGGAUACAAGGCUGGGUAACCGAGGUACUUCGUCGUACCGCCGCAACCCAGGCGAGGUGCCAGCCAGCACGCUGCCCCCGGAUCACUUUGUCUUCCAAGAGGCGCUCCUGACGAUGGUGCGUGGAAGCCAGGCGCAAUCGAUCUCGCUUGUGAACCUUGGCGCUGCAACGGCUGCAGCUGCAGCUGUGGCGUCGAAUGAUCCCAAUCAUGGUGACAUCGUGUCUGGCAGACGACGGUCCGAGCCCGCGAAUAUCCAGCAUCGCACGCAUUCGGUUGUGAGUGCAACAGGAGUGGCAACAGAGACUACAACGGCAGUGGCCUCGGAUGGGUUAUGUGCCCCCAAGAAGACCUCGUGCCAUCCAGUGGCGGUCCAGUCGAGUUGUGCACCGUCAGAGCCGUCGUUGUCGUCUCAUGUCACCAAAGUCAGGCCCUCCACUGCUUUUGAUGAUAGAUGGCCAGACUACGCUAUGACUUUAGGUAUUGGAGAGCAGCCUGUGGGCCAUAAAGAUAUCGGAGCAGCGACAACGACAGAAGUAGCAUCAGAAGCAGAAGCAGAAGCAGAAGUAGCAACAGAAGCAGCAACAAAAGCAGCAGCAACAACAACACCGACGACGCCAACUAUUACAGCUGUUCCAGAAGCAGCAGCACCAUCGGAGGAGGAAGAUAAAGAAUCCCCACUUUUGUCAGUAGCCGCGGCGUUUGCGCAGAGCCUCAGCACCGUUACCACGCUUGAUCCUGCGGCGACGAAGCUGAUCGACCAACUACGGUUGCAAGAGUACUUGCGCACGGUCGGGCCAUCCUCCAGCUCCUCAAUGCCUUCGACCAUCGCGACCUCGAUCGCCGCCUCCUCAUCCCUGUUUUGAAUUACAUACAAAUCUAAGCUACUUUAUCAAGACUCGCAUUCAAAAGACAAAGUCAUUCCUCUGCUUUUCUCUUAUCCAUGUAAAGUUUACACGUACAAGCCA